UAGAGAUCUCAUAAUUCCAUAUUAAUUUGCAGAAAAAAAUGAGCAUCCCUGCAACAGUUUCUAGAGUCUUGAAAUACAUACCUGAACUACAACAGCAAGUUCAAGCACUAACAAAAAGAAAAGAGGAGCUUCUAGGCAGAAUUUCUCGGCAAUUGCAAGGAGAUGCAGUGAACAAAGAAUCUCAAAGGAAAAUUUCCCACCACAACUCUUCUUUUGUUGUCUCAACAACUAGGCUUAACGAAUGUGAAGCUGUAGUUCACAUUUCAUGUCAUGAGACCCACAAGGCUCCACUAUCAGAGAUCCUGCAGUGUUUAGAAAAUGAUGGUCUUUUUCUGCUAGAUGCUUCUUCCUCAGAAACCUUUGGAGGAAGGUUCUUCUACAAUUUGCAUUUUCAGGUGGAGAAAACUAAUAGAUUAGAGCCCGAGAUAUUAACAGAGAAGCUUUUACCAAUAUAUGAGAAGCAAAGGAUUUUCUAAUGAAACUAAAGUUGGCUCCAGGAUCAAACGAUUUUAAGUGCUCUGAUGUUAAAUUUGACACUUAAAAUCGUCUGCACAUAUUUGGCAUCUACUGAUUGCAAGUUCAUAAGGAAGAAAUCAUUUGUUGAUUUAGAAUUUAAUGAAUAUUAUAAAUGUUACAAAGCAAAGUGCUUUGUCUCUUUCCUUUUAGUACAUAGUGUAGAUGGCUUUAGAUUCAAUUUUGAGGUUUUCAUAUCUAAGUUAUAUCAUGGU